ACGCCGCAAGUGCCCAAACCUCCUUGAUGAAGAACAUUGUACUGCUGUUGCCUCUAAUACUGUACCUCCAGAGUCUGUUCCUUGACCCCAACCUGCGCUGGCCUGCCUGCCUGCUGAAUUCAAAAAGCCAGGAUUUGGGUUGGUUGUCCGCUCUACUUUACAAGCAAUUUCUGGCGGGUGCCAGUAUCAUUAUCAUCAACAUCAGCUGCAGCAGCGGCAGCGGGAGCAGCUCUACCAGCAGCAGGGGACCGAAGCUUGGCGAAGAGAAAGCGUGAUGAACAGCUGCCAGUCAGCGAUCUACCUGUGCCUGUAGCUGCAGGCUGACAUUUGUGACAGCACGAGAUGAGCUCUACAUAAAACGUCAAUUGGCCCUCUUGACUGCUCGCGGACACCGCAUCACUGCCUCAGACCAAAUACAUUGAAGUGCAUCACGCUCAGGCCACAAGAGGGAAAUACGAUCGAGAGUUAUAACAUCUAGUAUAAAAACCAAGUAUUCGUAUUCUUUGACUCUUUCCAGUCCUAGAGGUGCGGAGUUGGCGGACAGCACUGUCGACGCACAGGAGUUAGGAGGUGACUGCAAGACCCGCCUCUCCCCAGCCAUCAGGGAUUCAAUCGUCUAUACAAACGUCAACGCAGAAGGCGAUUCUAUUGCAAUGCCCCAACACCUAGUAGCAAAUAGAGAUUGUCCCUUGACGUGCUGAGCAGGCCAAUUGGACUGGACUUCUGGUUGGGAGGCGUGGAAUACUGCCGAACAAGACGACCAAUUCUUUUGUUUUGCUACCAGCAGAAAAUACAUGGUCCCCAGAGUGUUCUUUCUCCUCAUUCGUUCCGGUUAUUACGUCUGUGGUUCGGCUCCGAUAGAAUGAUGUCUCCUCAAUUUCGGAUCUUCACAGCUGCUCGCCCUGCAGUGGCGUCGCAGCUUUGUGGCAUAGUGAUCACGCUGUGUUUGGGAGUGAUGAUGCAGUGCUGUUGGAUGUGUCCGUGCGCUGGUCAGCUGAUAGCGGAGAGCUCGCAUGUGAUACAACUGGGUCCUGACGCUAACACUGGCACAGUGAAUAGUGGUAAUAGUGAUGGCGGCGGAGUCGACAGUUCUCCUCCCACUGUUCACAUUGAUAGUAAUAGUAGACCCACCGGGGUCCUGGGCGCAACGGAGAGGAUGUGUGUCAAGUGGAAUAGGCGUAUGGAACGCUGCCGGUGUACACCAAGUAUGGUCAGUUGCAGAGGUGUGGAAGAUGCAUACCUGCCAGCCGCUCCUAGCACCACGGAAUGGCUACUUGUGCAGAGAAGUCUCAUUCUGAGGAUACAGGCACAUGCUUUCCAGAGCAGCACACGGCUGACUAGAAUUCAUAUCAUCAACAGUGCUCUGCGUAGUCUGCACAGAGAUGCCUUCGUUGGACUGCGCAGGCUGAGACAGCUGCUUCUCCAUGGCAACCGAUUGUCACGCCUGGAACCGGGGACGUUCAAAGAUUUGAUUCACCUCAGAAAGCUAGAUCUUCACAACAACAAGUUACAGAGUAUCUUCUCUGGAACGUUUCAAGGCCUGCCGCAACUUCAUCACUUAAUGCUUCAUGAGAAUUACAUAGAGCUGGUGGAAAAGGCAGCACUGGACCAAGCAUCAGAGCGGAGUCUUAUCAGCUUGUCGCUGCACAACAAUCGUCUGAACUGCAAUUGCAGCAUCCGAUACCUGAUUGAACUCGACGAGAGUAUCGCAAGUAACGCACGCCAAGAUGGCGGCGAUGAGAUUGCUGGUGGCAACGAUCAGCUCAAUAUACAUCAAGUGCAGCAAGAUGAACGGAUGCGUCAGGAACAGUUGCCAUGGCAAUGCAGGACACCGGCAGCGCUGGCGGAAAAAUACGUGCGUAGCCUGACUUCAAGUGACAUUGGAUGCUCUGAACCUAUUGCCGCGGUCUAUGGUCCAGUGCGCGGAACACAGCUGGAGGGCGCAACAGCAUCCUUUUUCUGCUCGGUGCGCGGCGUCCCAAGACCAGAGAUCCGCUGGACGCACGACGGGAAAACUAUUCCGCCGCACGUUGUAGGAGAACGACCAAAGCGGGUGAUAUCCCUGGACAGGCGCCUGUAUGUUCGGCAACUGCGGAUCAGUGAUGCUGGCCUGUAUACCUGUACUGCACGUAACAUAGCCGGUACCGUCAGUAUGUCAACGUUACUCACAGUUAAGGAGCGGCAACAACGUCCAACUGUUCAGCUCACACCACGCUUCCUCCAUGUCCUUGUGACGGGAACUGCCGAAUUCCAGUGUCGCGUACAGCCAGUCAACCCAAACGUACAGAUCACGUGGCUGUGGAACGGACUCCCAGUGCUGGACCGUAGGAGUGCCAUACGAGACAAAGUACAGAUGACGAGUGACGGCGUGCUACGCAUUCUCAACGUCUUGGAGUCGGACGAAGGUCACAUCACCUGCUCGGCACGCAACCCGGCCGGCGUGGCAACAAAGAACGCUAACGUGACCGUGGAUGUCCCAGCUGCUCUGGAACGGCUGACAGUGCUGAGCGCGUUGCAGCUCAUGAACAACGCCACACUGGCAGCCAUGAGGCUGCGGGACAGGUCCGACAAGGGCAGUGUCAACAUUGCCGACUGGCUCAACAUGCCGGCGGAGAUGUUUUCUGAGAUGCAAAGCAACAUGCCGGAAGCAGACCGGGACACACGGAAAGCCUAUCGCGACAUUGAACUAGUGCGGAUUGCGAGAAGGCUCAUCAGCCAGGGCCGCUGGCUACCAACCGGACGCCGAGAGCAACGCGUUGACACCAGCCGGCCCGAGUUCGACAACAGCUUGGUCACCGAGCGGCAGCUGAAGAUUAUUGAACGCGAGGCGGAUUGCAAACUGGCGCUGCGUGCGACGCGCUGCAACAACGAGUGCUACAACAGCAAGUACAGGACAUUGGACGGUUCGUGCAACAACCGUGCACACCCAGAAUGGGGCGGUGCACACACUCCACUCAACACUGUCGUUGAUCCAGUGUUCGCCGACCAGUACUCGCUGCCUCGCGGCAGCGAGCAGCAUCCGGUGCUCUCCAACAGUAUCCGCCGUCAGCAACCAGCCCACUCCCAGUCCACAGCACAAGCACCACCACUACCCAAUCCCAGAGAAGUGUCCACGCGCAUGCUCAGUGCACUGACCAUCACACACGACCUGGACUACACACAGUUUUUCAUGCAAUGGGGACAGUUCCUGGAUCACGACAUUUCCCUGACCGAGACGAUGAACCAAGAGGACUGCCACGAGCUGUCUUGCGAAGAGCAGCAAGAGAACUGGCCGGUGUGUCUGAGCAUUGAGGCCAGUCGUACUGAUCCAAGACUGAACUCCAGCACAUGCAUUGCUACUCAGCGCUCCAGAGCAAUGUGCGGUACAGGCAGCACUGCCAUCUUUUAUCGCGAGGCAAAACCGCGGCAAGUCACGAACGCAAUCACCUCGUUUAUCGACGGCUCGCAGGUGUAUGGUUCAAGCGACGAGGUGUCGAGGCGUCUCCGCGACGGAUCUAAUGAAGCGGGCGGUAUGCUAGAAACACAGAUGGCCAUAGGUGAUAAAGGAAUGCCACCGCUGCUGCAAGCUAUAGGGAGUUCACGACCGGGUGAGCUGACAGACUGCCCUCGGCCACGACGUCUGGCCCCGGGCCAGGGUUUCGCCUGCCUGAUGGCCGGUGAUCGUCGCAUUAACGAACAGCUGGACUUGACUGCGCUGCAUAUCAUCUGGUUUAGACAGCACAAGCGGACUGUGCAGCAGCUGUCAUCACUCAACAGGCACUGGGGAGACGACAAAGUCUUCCACGAAGCACGGAAGAUUGUCGGUGCUCAGCUACAGCACGUUACGUUCACGCAUUGGCUUCCGAGAGUGCUUGGCAGUGCGCAUCCACUGUCACCGUACACUGGUUACGACCCAGCCGUCAACCCGGCUAUCUUUGCUGCUUUCUCAACGGCAGCAUUCAGAUUCGGCCACGCCAUGAUUAAUCCAAUCGUGCGGCGACUCAAUGCCAGCAUGCAGCCAAUCCCGCAUGGGAACCUGGACCUCCGACAAGCGUUCUUUGCCGUUGACAGAAUAAUACACGAGGGAGGAGUUGAUCCCCUAAUCCGCGGGAUGCUCAUGACACCCAACAAGCUCAUUUCUCCCACGCAACUCUUGACUUCAGAGGUCAUAGAGCAUCUGUUCCGCUCCACGCGGCUGAUUUCUGAAGACCUGGGAGCUCUGAACAUUCAACGAGGUCGUGAUCAUGGCCUGCCGGGGUACAAUGCCUUCAGGAAAGUGUGCGGUCUCAAACAGUUCCGCUCCUUUGACGAGAUGAAAGAAGUGACGGAGGAAUCAGUGCUCAGGGUCCUGAAGGAAUUGUACAACAGUUCGGACAUGGUUGACUUAUGGGUGGGUGGCCUGCUGGAGAGGCCACACGAAGAUGCCAGGGUUGGACCGCUGUUUGCCUGCCUGAUCGCCAGGCAGUUCACUGCACUGCGCGAUGGCGAUCGGUUCUGGCACGAGAACAAAGGGGUGUUCACGGCGGAGCAGCUGCAGGAGAUCAAGAAGACAACGCUGUCGCGUGUCCUCUGUGACAAUGGCGACAACAUUCGGCAGAUGCCACCAGACGUCUUUGUACAAACACGAUUUCCAGACGGCUUCCAGCAAUGCGGGGACAUACCACAACUUAACUUAGAACAAUGGAAGGAAUGCCCUGAGAGUGUGUUGUUCAAUGGACAACGCAGGCGAGCAGGACGUAACUUACACGAGGCAGAAGUGACCGUGUUCGGCGAAGAAGGCACUAGCAUCUUUAGUGAUGUUUCGCCGGCAAACAACAUAUUGUCCGUGCAGGGCUUAGCCCCUGACAUGGAUGCUCAGUCCAGGGUGGCAGUGGCAAGAGAUAGUUCCAAUGCAAAGCAGUCGACCGCCGACUCAACCGUGCUGGCGAUGUUCGCCGAGGAGUCGGUGAACACGUGGCAGGAUGUGCUAGUACGGUACCCGCACUCUCCGCUGGCUGCAUCCAUCCGAGACUUGGCACGGACCGCGGGCAUGCAGGCAUCAUUGCAGCAUAACAAAGACGGAGAGGUCACUACGGACCUCUGAAAAACUCUCUAAUUCUCAUCCUGGACCUUCCAGUUGACUUGAUUGCAAUACUGACCCGGUGGUAUUCCCUAAUUAAUGUUGAGAUUAUUACUUUUAAAAACGUCCAUUAUAUAAUAUUUUCAAUACGUUGCCAAUAGCCAUGAGAGUUGGUAAGAAAGAAUGCUGUCCACUCCUCUAUUCAUCAGAUUUACCACAAGAUGAUUGGAGUACGGGAAGUUUGUAAACAAAAUCACAUCAAACACUGUACUAUGGA